AAUAAAGCUUUGGCAGAACUCGUGGGUGAGGAUUCUGGAAGGAGCGUCUGAUACGUUAAAGUAGCGCUGCCCUCUUUAAAGGGAAACUUUUGAACACACUGAGUUGAACUUAUUUUUAUAUAACUUAUAUAUUAAACAUUACGGGUGUCGAGUGAACCCCUGAAAACAUGGCAGAAAGUGACUGGGAUACCGUGACUGUCUUGAGGAAGAAGGGGCCGACUGCUGCUCAGGCCAAAUCCAAGCAGGCUAUCACCACUGCUCAGAGACGUGGGGAGGAUGUUGAGACAACCAAGAAAUGGUCUGCAGGGCAGAACAAACAGCAUCUCGUGACAAAGAACACAGCCAAACUGGACCGGGAGACAGAGGAGCUACACCAUGACAGGGUUCCCCUGGAGGUGGGCAAGGUCAUUCAACUAGGCAGACAGGAGAGAGGCCUGACCCAGAAAGACCUGGCCACUAAAAUUAACGAGAAGCCUCAAGUCAUUGCGGACUAUGAGUGCGGGAGAGCAAUUCCCAACAACCAGGUCAUGGGCAAGAUAGAGAGAGCAAUUGGGAUGAAACUUCGUGGGAAGGAUAUUGGCCAACCCCUGGAUGCAAAACCCAAGAAGAAAUGAACACAAAGCCUCGAAAUCAGCCCCCCCCCACCAAGAACCCUCUAAAACUCUCCUCCUCUCCCUCCCAAUCCCCUCCUCUACCUGGGCUGAUCUCACCUGUGUCCUGCCUGAGGACCUGGUGCUCCACUGCAUUACAGGCUGCAUACUGACAAGUCAUGAGGAAAACACUUUCUUGUCCACAUAAUCAAAUGAAUGAACGAAUGCAUUUUUCAACAUCACAAACUCAAAGUUCUGUGUAUUUUUUUUCCACUUAUGUCUGCUUAGACUUUGGCAUGAUAAAUUCAACUUUUUGAUAGUGAUGUACAAAUCAUUUAAAAGGUGAAUUAGUUUUCAUGACCAAACUAACUAGUUUAAUUAACGUUAAUUCUGAGCAUGACGUUAAGCCAAAUGAUUGCAUCUUUUUUUCACACACUAAUGACAGUGGGUGAAUGUCAUUACAGUGUUGAAAUGUUUUAAUGCUGUGCUUUGUUUUGAUCUAAAAAAUAAAGUUUGGCAGUUCAUGACA